AUGCCAGCUGAGGAAAAGGCCGAAUCAUCUCGUCUUUCCCUUGAAGAGGAAAUAGAUGAGUUUUAUUUUGAGGAGGAGGUUGACAAAGCCCCCGUAGUUGAGCUCUCAGACCCUGAAGGAGAGCAAGAUUGCAACUCCGUGGCUGGCGGCCCAGUCAUUAUAACUUGCUCGGACGAUUCUUUAGACGAGGAAGUAGGCGAUAUGGCUGGUAAGGGAAAAUCUUUGCGAGAACUGAUGUCCAGCCGAGGAAAGGGUCAGUCCUCAAAGGCGCCUGUUCCUUUCGACCCUGGCCUCAAGGUUAACCCUGACCUAAAAAAGAAGAGGCCGGCUGACGUUCCUGAGGAGGGUGAAGUGGCCCCUCGCCCGGCCAAGCAGCAGAAAGCCACUCGGGGACAGAGGAGUAAGAGGGCUAACUCCACGGAGAGCCGGGAUGAGGAAAAUCGGGCUGAGGUGCGCGUUAAUCCCCGUGCAUGGAGUCCGAAGAUGGAGCUGGAUGGGGUCGCUAUCCCCUAUACUGCCUCGGUUCGAGAGUACAACAGGGGCAGAGCGGGUUAUAUAGCUGAGGCCCUGGAGCAGCCAGUGCUCCUUUCUCGGGAUAUAGAGGCCUACAAGCGAUUCUCCCAGCCCGAGCUUUUUCUGUCCCUUAAGAGGGACCUUGCGAUGAUCACCCAGCAAGUGUUUGUGGCUGAGGAGUUUUGCCGCAGCAACCGCAGCUUGGCUGAAGCUGAGGUUCAAUCUCGGGCUGAGGUGGAGAAGACCGUGGGGUUCCUCAAGCAAGAAAUCUUUGAACUGACGGAGAAGUUCAAAGAGUCGGAGAAACAGUGCAAAAGCGCGGAGGUUGGCCUGAAGAGUGUUGAAACCCAGGCAGAGGAUCAGUGCCAGAAAUUGUACGUAACUGAAACCAGUCUUGCUACUGAGAAGCAGAAUGUACUGGAACUUAAGGCCGCUUUGCAAAAAGCUGGGGAUGAGACGAGGCGGGCUAAAGAAGAGGCCCAGCUAAUCCGAGAGGCUGCAGAGGCUGAAAAGAAAGCUUCUCACCAGCUCGGGAUCCAAGAAACAGAGGCCAGACUAUCCGAGGAGAUCCCCGAGGAGAUCCGAGAGAAUCCUGAUGGCGCCCAAGUGGCUUCUGAGCAGGACUUGGCGGUGCCUGAUGCCGUCCCUGUGCUUGAUAAAGCGAAGGAUCCUGCCAUGGACUCUAUCUCCGAGGCUCCUCCUCCUCAGCCAGAGCAGAAGAAGGAUCCUCCUACUAAGGCUUAG